CCUCUCACGAUGAAGCUGAAGGAGGACAUCAACCCCUUGCUCCUGCAGGUUUUCCGCUCUGUGGUCUGGGUCUACUCUGUGAUCACCUUUAUACCCUGGUACUUCCUGUCCGGGGCCGGCACCAACUUGGAGCGGGCACGCCGUAUUAAAGCGCGCUCGGUUAGCGGACACCCAGCGGGUCCGUACCGGGCCAUCAACAGCCAACAGGAGCUGGCGGCGUGGCUGCACCCUGGUGUGGACACUCUGGAUAAAGUGUUCGAAUAUGCAGCCAAGAGGUUUCCUCAGAGAGACUGUCUGGGUACCAGGGAGGUUUUGAGCGAGGAGGAUGAGCUCCAACCCAACGGGAAAGUCUUUAAGAAGGUCAUUCUCGGGAACUACAACUGGCUGUCGUAUGAUGAAACCUACCAGGCGGCCAGGAUGUUCGGAAGCGGUCUGGCAGCUCUCGGCCAGAAGCCUCUGUGCAACAUCGCCAUCUUCUGCGAGACCAGAGCUGAGUGGAUCGUGGCGGCUCAAGCCUGCUUCAUGUACAAUUUCCCACUGGUCACACUGUACGCCACUCUCGGACCCAUGGCCAUCGCCCACGGCUUGAACGAAACAGAGGUCACACACAUUAUCACUAGUAAAGACCUGCUGCAGAGUCGUCUCAAGGCCAUACUGUGUGAUGUUCCGAGUCUGAAGUUCGUCAUUGUAGUCGACAAGAAGCUCUCGAGCUGGCAGGACAUCCCCAGAGGCAUCACUGUCCACAGCAUGGCUGCUGUUAAAGAAAUGGGAUCCAGACCUGAAAGCUGUGAGCGUCAGCCCGAGACGCAGCCACAGUCGUCGGACAUCGCCGUCAUCAUGUACACCAGCGGCUCUACUGGCAUCCCCAAGGGUGUCAUGAUCUCCCAUGGCAACAUCAUCGCUGGCAUCACUGGGAUGGCAGAACGAAUCCCCAACCUCAAUGAAACGGACACGUACAUUGGCUACCUGCCGUUGGCCCACGUUUUAGAGCUCAGUGCAGAGCUGGUAUGCAUCUCGCACGGCUGUCGCAUUGGCUAUUCCUCUCCGCAGACUCUUGCUGACCAAUCUACCAAAAUCAAAAAGGGCAGUAAAGGAGACACCAGCAUGUUGAGACCCACACUCAUGGCCGCUGUACCGGAAAUAAUGGACCGUAUUUAUAAAAACGUGAUGACAAAAGUGGAGGGCAUGAGCAAAUUGCAGAAGACGCUCUUUGUGCUUGCGUACAACUACAAGAUGGAGCAGAUAUCCAAAGGCUACAGCACGCCUCUUUGUGACAGUCUGGUGUUCAAGCGGGUCCGAGCGCUGCUGGGGGGUAACACACGGGUGCUGCUGUCAGGUGGUGCUCCACUGUCAGCUGCCACGCAGCGCUUCAUGAACAUAUGCCUGUGCUGCCCAGUGGGGCAAGGCUACGGACUGACCGAGACCUGUGGAGCCGGCACCAUCAGUGAGGUGUGGGACUACAGCACCGGAAGAGUCGGCGCACCGCUCGUUUGCUCAGAAAUCACGCUCAAGGACUGGGAAGAAGGCGGCUACUUCAGCACGGACAAGCCUAACCCACGUGGGGAAAUCCUAAUUGGCGGACCAAACGUGACGAUGGGUUACUACAAAAACCAAGCCAAGAACCGCGAGGACUUUUUCGUAGACAAGAAAGGUCAACGGUGGUUCUGCACCGGAGACAUUGGAGAGUUUCACCCCGAUGGAUGCCUCAAGAUCAUCGACCGCAAAAAGGAUUUGGUCAAACUACAGGCUGGUGAGUACGUGUCUUUGGGGAAAGUGGAGGCAGUUUUGAAGAACUGCCCGCUCAUAGACAACAUCUGUGCCUAUGCCAACAGUGACCAGUCGUACGUGAUCAGCUUCGUGGUGCCCAACCAGAAAUUGCUGAUGGCACUGGCGGAGCGGUUGGAGGUGCGGGGCACGUGGGAGGAGAUCUGCAGCAACCCCCAGAUGGAGAAGGAAGUCCUACGCAUCCUCACUGAGGCCGCCAUCUCAUCAAAACUGGAACGCUUCGAAAUCCCCAAAAAAGUCCGUCUGAGUGCGGAAGCCUGGACUCCAGAGACUGGCCUGGUCACGGACGCGUUCAAAUUAAAACGCAAAGAGCUUAAAACGCACUACCAAGAAGACAUUGAGAGGAUGUACGGAGGGAAAUAA